ACCCCCGGACCGGUCUCCGCGCAGGAGAAGCCCCGUCCCGCCGGGCCCGCCGGGAAGUUGGGGCUCGGGGGCUGGAGGAGCGGAGCGGAGCGGGCGAGCCCCGAGCAGCCCCCGGGCCGGGCCCGGGCUGAGCGCGCCGCGCGGGGCCGCUUCCCCCGAGGGGCCGGGCCAAUCCCGGCUCCGCGCACGCCGCGAUCACCGCCCAGGCUGCUUGGGAACCCGCCCGGUGCCUUCGUGACAGCCCAGGAUGGCCACGCCCUGGUUCCUGCUGAUGUCCGUGUGGCUCCCGCUGAGCCUUCUCCCCGUGUGCCGAGCUCAGGAGCCCCUUCCGUCUGGGUGCGGCACGGACCUGCCCUGGCUGUACUCCAACCUCUGCGACCUGUCGGCGGCCUGGGGCAUCGUGCUGGAGGCGGUGGCCAGCUUCGGGGCAGUGAGCAGCUUCGUGCUCACCAUCAUCCUGGUGGCCAGCCUGCCCUUCGUGCAGGACCCCAGGAAAAAGAGCCUGGUGGGGACUCAGGCGUUCUUCCUCCUGGGCACGUUCGGCCUCUUCUGCCUGACCUUCGACUUCAUCGUCAAGCGAAACUUCUCCACCUGCACCUCGCGGCGCUUCCUCUUCGGGGUCCUCUUCGGGAUCUGCUUCUCCUGCCUGGUGGCCCAUGCCCUCACCCUUAACUUCCUGGCCAGGAGGAACCAUGGGCUGCAGGGCUGGGUGACCUUCGGCGUGGCCUUGCUGCUGGCUCUGGUGGAGGUGAUCAUCAACACCGAGUGGCUGCUCAUCACCCUGGUGAGGAGCGACGGCCCCUCCCAGGACCCCUGCGCCGUGGCCAACAAGGACUUCGUCAUGGCGCUCAUCUUCGUCAUGUUCCUCCUGUUGGCUGCCUUCGCCGCUGCCUGGCCCGCCCUGUGCGGCCGCUACAAGCACUGGAGGAAGCACGUCGUCUUCAUCCUCCUCACCACCUCCCUGUCUAUGACCAUCUGGGUGGUCUGGAUCAUCAUGUACCUCUACGGGAACCAGCAGAGUGGGGGCCCGGCCUGGGACGACCCCACGCUGGCCAUUGCUCUGGUGGCCAAUGCCUGCGUCUUCAUCAUCUUCUACAUCAUCCCUGAGGUCUCCCACGUGACGCGCCCGGCCCCAGAGCAGGCCUACGAGAACGACAUGUACCCGACCAGGGGCGUGGGCUACGAGACCAUCUUGAAGGAGCAGAAGUCCCAGAGCAUGUUUGUGGAGAACAAGGCUUUCUCCAUGGAGGAACCCUCCUCAGCCAAGAAACCGGUGUCACCUUAUAGCGGGUACAACGGGCAGCUGGUGACGAGCGUAUUCCAGCCCACGGAGAUGGCUCUGAUGCACAAAGGGCCCUCCGAAGACAACUACAGCGUCAUUCUCCCCCGGGCCACUGCCAACAGCCAGAUGAUCAGCAGUGCCAGCUCCACCCUGCGCGCAGAAGAUGCCUACGCGGCACAGAGCUGGCAUGCAGCAGCCCAGAAGGAUGGCAAGGGUGUCCAGGCUCCCUCUCCGUACAGCAAGAGCCGGUGGUAGAGAUCCCCGCCCUGGCUCCUGCUGCUCUAGAAACACCGGCGAUCCCCUUCCUCCAAAGAGGGAAUCUGGCUCCUUCCCCACCCGUGGACAGUCAAGCCAAGGCCAACGACCGGAACUGAUCCUAGAGCCUCCUGCAGGGCAGGUCAAUGCCCAGGAGAGGAGAGAGAAUCCAGCUUCUUCCCCACCCAGCCGUCCCCAGAGGGGACCCAGAAACUGCUAAACACUGCUUGGCCCUCAGCCCCACUGUGCUAUGGAUCCUCCUGCUGGAGAUGCUGGAUGCACAGACUGCCUAUGGGCUGGGAUGCUCCAGGGGCUGCUGAGGUUGGGUCCUGAUCGUGGGAACGGCCCUUCCUGUAAACCCCCGGGGUCCCUCCUGGCAGCAGUAAGUCCCCGUGGGAAUCGCCUCUCGGCUGCAUGAGCCACGUUAGCUUUGCUGCAGCGCCCACGCUCCCCGCUGGCUCCGUCGAUUGGCUCCCUGUCCCCUCCUGAAGCCCCAGGACAAUCUGCCCUUCGGUGUCCGGAUGCAGGAGAACCACCCACACGUGGCUGCAGCCAGAGGGCGGCUGCAGGCGUCGAAGGAUGUAGCUUCAUGUGGGAGACCGGCAAGCACCUGUCUGACGGAGCCUCCGCUUGCAGGGAGCCCAGCUGAGCAGGUCUCGGCUGGGACCUGCCUGGGACAGAGCCACACAGAUCUCCCUGGUUGUUGCUCCUGAUGUGGGUCCCUCCAGGGGCUGCGUGGCGUUCCCUGCCCUCGAGCCACACCCAUUCAACCCAGCAUGCAAGAACCUGGGUCCCAGGACUGGCGUCCUCCACAGGCCCUGCCCUGGGGUCCAUUCCUUCCUGUUGCAAAGCCCGUGUGGUAUCUUCCCCACCGCGUCUUGGCCGGGAGAGCGCAGGUUCUGGCUGGGUCGCUGCCUGGCUCUGAGACGCGUUCUCAGUCACCCCCCAGCUGACAUGGGAGACCUCAUGGUGCUUUCUCCUGGGCGUCUCCGUCCUGGGUUUGGAGAGCGAGGGGCAUAGAGGGGUUUGCUCACGGAUCUGCUGCACUGCUGUCUGUAUGGGAACUGUCAGCAACUCCUGCCCCAGCCCCGCGGUGCUCAGACUGGGGGUCUCCCCAGCCGGGUGCAGAGGGGGGCCAGCAGCAGGAUCCAUGGAACGGCAGCAAGUGCCCAUGCACAUGUGUGGUGGCUCUUGGGGCAGCUGCUGCAGCCAGGUGCGUGCUGUGUGGGGAGCUGGCAACGGUCUCGCUUGGGGGCAGGGGCAGCAAAACCUGGCAGCCCACUCGUGUGAAUGUGCAGGUGGAGCAGAACUGGGGUUGGAGUCCUGUCCCCCUCCCACCCUGUGACCAUCCUGCGCUGCCAGCCAGCUGCUCUGAGACCUGCCAUGGUCUCCCAGGGCUUCCUCUUGGCUUCAGCUGUCCCGGGAUCCCUCCCCUGCUCCACCAUAGGCGUGGAGCCGUGUGGGGCUGGGGUCAGAAUGCAGGCCGGGGAGCCAGCAGCACCGCAGCUCUCACCCCAGCCCUGACUCCUGCUGUGCCUCAGUUUCCCCCAUCUGCCAAGUGGGGAUGAUGGCACUGAUCCCCUUCCCAUGCCGCCGGCUGCGGAGAGGGCAAGUGAUCUCCUGGCGCAGAGUGAGCUCAGAGGCAAGAAACAGGCCGUGGUGUGGGGGAAGGGGAGGAGACUGGGUGGGGAAAGACAGAGAUCCAGGGCUGUCCCGGGUUCUUGACAGCCUGGUUCCCCUCCCCCCGAACAACCCUUGGCCUCUUCUCCAGCCUCUGAGAGCGGCGCCCUCAGGGCCUUCCUACAGGGGUGUAAGAGCAUUUGGCUUUUAAGCAAAUAUAUUUUAUGGGGUGGGCGUGGCCAGGCCCUCUGCUCUCUUUGGUCUCCGGCGCGCGAAGGUCCAGAUUCUGCUCUCGUUCGCCACGGAGCGAGUCCAUGUUGGUGUCAGCAGUGGCACCCCAGUGCCGCCGAGAACAGGGAUCAGCCUCCCCCUGGCUGGGCUCCCAGAGCCGCGGUGGUGGUUUGGCGCAGGGGUGCGGGAGCGCGCGUGCUGUUGACUCGAAUGUUAUUCCCCCUCCCCCAGCGCGGAACUGCCCCUUUUUCUUUUCAGGUGACUUUUGGCUUUUUUUCGGUCAGUGCGUGUGCAGAAU